GGAUGCUAGCGUCAUUGACAACCGGUAUGAUUUGUCUCGAGUUGAAGUUUUGACGCUAUUUACAUUUUAAAACGUGAUAUUUUGCGUCGGGCAAAUACUUAAUUUUGGCAAAACUUUGUUGUAGCUCGGACCUGACGACCGCUGUCUUGCCUUGUAAUGUUGUCUGAACGCUUGCUGAUAGUAGCAGCUAUUAAUACUACAGUAUUUACCAGGGUGCACACAUCGAGUGCUUAAAAAAAUGAAUCAACCACGAACAACUAAAAAAACGUGUUCGAUAACACAAAGGAAGCUUGUAAAAGAAAACAAAAAGUUAAGUUCGGGAAACAACAGAAACGUCAAAAAUGUGAAAGUUUUGGCAGAGAGGAACCCGGCUGUGGCAGCAGUGGGGGCUUGGGUAGAAAGCGGACAUGAGUGUCAGGAACAUCCCGAGAUGCGUGCCUUGCUCACAGAAGAGCUUUUAGAAGAAAUCCGACGGGAUAAAGAAGAGAAUCUGCGCAGAUUUCAGGAUGCAGUUCGCCAACGCAUAUCUCAACAGGCUCAUCUGCGCAAACGACAGCAGCUGCUGAAAUCAUAUGAGACCGUUGAAUGUGAGGGCAGAAUAUUGCAACAAACCAGUAAAGUUACCCAGCAUCUUACAGCACAGAAAACUCAAUUGCCUUCUUGGUCUCAUGACCAGCUGGCUAUCUGCAGUCCCAGCUCUCGCUGCUUCAGUGCUCAGAGGAUGGACGCAUCUGAUCAACAUACAAAUGUCAGUAAAGUCUUAAAGCAGGUGAGACGCAGACUAGCCACGUGUCAAACGGUGCAAGAGGGAGAUGAACUUUCACAGCUACCUGGUGGAAUAUGGAAAAAAACUUCAACAAGAGACAAAGCUGAAUCACACAUUUUGAGAGAUAAUGAGGAUUGUACAAGUACAGAAGGUGCAAGUGAUAAAGAGAAAAAUGAGCAGGGCGUUAACAAAGAGGAGAAGAUACCAUUGGUAUGGCAACAUGAUAAGGUUUCGAAUUUACACCACCACAGAAGCAAGACCGUAACAUUUCAAAAUGAUAUGGUCUACGAGAAGAUGCAAGGGGAGCCAGAUCAAACUUUUACAGACUUUAGAGCUUCCCAGGUCCUAUGGCCUCGUGAGAAUCAAGAGGAGCUGAAGAAGCAGAGGCAGUCUGAGUUCCUCAUGUACCGCCGGCUCUUCAUGGACAUUGAAAGGGAACACGUGAAAGAGCACCAGAGGCACAGGAAACAUCUGAAGAGGACGGCUAGGAUUAAAAAAGAAAAAGAAAAACUCAGGAAAGCAGAGGAGAUGAAGAUGGAGAGGCAGCGACAGCAGGAGGAAGAAAGACAAGACAUGGCAGAGAGGGAGCGUUUGAUAUUGGAGCGACUGAGAUUAGAUGAGGAUGAGGCAGCAGAGGAGGUGAAAAGGAGAGAAAAGACAAAGAAAAGCAAAGAGACCAAAAGGUACAUUGAUGCUUUGCGAACUCUAAUGAAAGAGAAGUUGGACAUGGAUAAAGUAGAUCUGCCACCUCUUUGUUCCUGUGGAGACACGUUCUGGGACACCCACCCUGACACCUGUGCCAAUAACUGUGUCUUUUACAACAAUCCAAAAGUGUACGGUCAAACUCUACAGUCUGUCAUGCUGAGCUUUGAUCUAAAGGAAGGAGGUUUUGGUCAAUAUGCUUCUACCUGGAAGACACCCUCUAUGUUUUAGGAUGUCUAUAUUUUAAGAUUGGAGACAACCACAUGUGUUACGUGUCAAUAAUUUACUGAGGUUUCAUUUUUUAUGAUUGUAAUUUAUGUUUAUGAUUUAAGUUGGUUCUAAA